AUGCUUCGAAGCCUCACGGCGUGCUUGUAUUAUGGCUUUUCAUGAUUCUGCUCUAUGUUAUGGUAGCCUAGCGUCAUCUCAGACUAAACAGCCAAGGAUCGACACUUUGCAGACCUAUUGGCUUCGAGAUUUAGUGGUUCACAGACUCAGACUCCACUCGUUGACGUUGACGGUUGUAAACCUUCCUCUUGCGAACUACAGACAGUAGAUCUACUCUGACCCUCAACUUGUUCACGGGUUACAGCGACCAUGGGGAGUAUGGGAUGGCCACGGCUGCACGAAGUUGUAGCCUUGACAGUUGUCUUGAUGUUCUGGAGUCAUGCUGUAACUCCCUCCUUGGCUUGCAAGGGCCAGAAGAACAUCGUGUUUAUCAUCAUCGAUGAUGGGGGCUUCGAGAGCGCAGCGUAUAACAACACAGCCAUCAAGACACCUCACAUUGACGCACUGGGACUGCGCAGUACCAUAUUCGACCAUGCCUUCACCACUGUGUCUAGCUGUAGUCCCAGUAGAUCAGCCAUUAUGACCGGUCUGCCCACUCAUGAGAAUGGAAUGUAUGGCCUGGAGCAUUCUACUCAUCAUUUCCAUUCAUUUGACCAAGUGCAGAGUCUGCCACUGAUACUUAGCAAACAUGGCUACAGGACAGGACUGAUAGGAAAGAAGCAUGUGGCUCCGCUAUCUGUGUACCCGUAUGACUAUGAGCGCUCGGAGCAGGUGCUUGGCCCUGCGCCUAUGGGCUUGGCAAACCUGAGAAACAUCACAUUGAUGAAGGAAUAUGCGCAGGAGUUCCUAGGUGGCUGCAAGAAUGAUUCAAGGCCGAUCUUCCUGUAUUUUGGCUUUGGUGAUCCGCAUCGUUGUGGUGGCAAUAAGGGUGAGUUCUGUGAACUGUACGGUAGCGGGGGUGAGCACGGCAUAAUUCCCGACUGGACUCCCGUCAAGUACGAUCCAGCCGACGUUCUGGUUCCGUACCAUGUGCCUGACACACCAGUUGCUCGUCAAGACCUGGCUAACCAGUACACCAGUAUCAGUCGGCUUGAUCAGGGCAUAGGGCUGAUGAUGAAAGAACUGGAUAGUGCCGGUCUCACUGACGAUACUCUCAUCAUGAUGUUCAGUGACAACGGUAUUCCUUUCCCAGGGGCCAAGACUAACCUUUAUGAACGUGGCAUGGGAGAACCAAUGUUUGUGCAUAAUCCUAAGCUGCAACAGAAAGGCUUGCAUAGCAAAGCACUAGUCAGCUCUGUGGACAUGGUCCCCACCGCACUGGACUGGGCUAAUGUGCACUACCCAAACUACACUAUCUGGUCCAAGAAAAACGUGGAGCUCCAAGGUCGCUCACUGCUGCCGAUCCUGGAAGUGGUCGAGCCCACGGAAGGAUUCGAUGCAGUCUUCGCAUCUCACCAGAUGCAUGAGGUAACAAUGUACUACCCGAUGAGAGUGAUUCGGAACAAGUCCUAUCGUCUCAUUUACAACAUAGCCCACCGUCUAGAGUACCCCAUUGCCGGUGAUCUCUACAGUUCACCAACAUACCAGGAUAUACUGAGUCGCAAUGCGUCCGGUCAGUCACUACACUGGUACAAGACUAUUGAUCAGUACUUCAACAGGCCAAAAUGGGAAUUGUUCAACUUGAACAAUGAUCCAAUGGAGCUGACAAACCUUGCCAGUGAUCCAGCUCAUGCUGACACUCUCUCCACAAUGCAGGCGCAGCUGAAAGCUUGGCAGGUGGAAACUAACGACCCCUGGCUGAUUAAGUACACACACGAGUAGCAUUAUCAUCGUCACCAUGGUACCACGCCAUGGUCUAAACACAUUCAAUGAUUGAUGUCACUGCAGAGUGCUCAGCGGUUUUGCCACGUUUACUAGGCUUACUACAACCAUAAUUUGUAUUCAAAGGAUCAGUCGGGGAAGUGAACUGCCUGAAAAGAGAAGAAAUCACCAGACCCACCGGGACUUUUAUAAUUUUAUUUUGAAGUAUUUUAAUUUAAAAAAAUAUUUGAUGAAGUGAUCUUGCUCAA